AUGAUGAUGCGAUGGAAGGAUCCGCUUGAAUGGUUGCACGAAUUACGUGGAUCAGAGAAGCGCAAAACAAAGAAGAAUGGAAAAGAUGCCAGUUGCGCCAAUGGAAAUAAGAAAUAUAUUGAUGAAGCAGCAGAUGAUCAAAAUAUCAGAGCAUGUUUAUUCGAAUUACUCAGCUCAUGUAAAACUAAUAUUUUGACAUAUACUUUUUGA